GCUGGCAUGCCCUUUGCCAGUGGUGCUCUUGCGGCCCUGCAGGGCGAGAGGGUCGCGCCGUCGGCGGGGCUGCUUGGGCGCCCGCCCGGUUCGCUGGGCCGGCGCCAGCAGGUGGUUGGCGAUCAUCUGACGAUCGUCCGCUGGUUGCCGGACUGGGACGACCUGCUUCAGAGUGCUAAGUCGCGGCUCCGCUGGCUUGCGCCAGACGGGCCCGACGAGGCUGAGAGUUCCUACCUGCCCUGCCUCCACCAUGCCCUCCAGGGCUACCGCCUCCUGUUUGAGACGGGCGGCGUGCGCCCUGUCGAGGGCCCCGACGAGCUGCUCGCAAUGUGCGCCGUCGUCCCUUACG